AGUGAAGUGCGACGAAUCGACUUAGUCUUGUCCCGACCGUCGCGAAACUAAGUCGCGCAUCCGCAAACAAGAAACAAAGUGAAACAAAACUAACGAAACAGAAACAAACAAAGCGAUUUAGUGAUCAAGUGACAGGUUUUGGUGAGUGUCGUGGAUGUUAAACCCUAAUCACCAAUAAUUGUUUAUGACUAGAGUGGAUUUACUUUAGUGCAUUGAGAUGACGGUGUGUUUGCAUCACGAAAUACCGAAGAGCGAGUGCAGGAGUGAGAAGCAGAACGAGACUUGCUGUACGGAUGAUGUCGAGGAGGAGUUCGUGCAGGACAGGACGCAGACGGUUCACGAUGAGGAGGAGUACGACAAGUGCGGUAAAUCUGCCGAAGAGAAGAAGAAGAAGAGCAGAAGCAAAAGCUACGAAUCCGAGGAGAAGAUGAAGAGGCUUUUAACCUUCGACGAGGCUCCAUCGUAUCUAGCACACAACAGAUUCAUCUUAUCCGGCUACAGAGGCAUCCUGAACACCAAACUCUGCAUAGAAAGCAUCUUCUGGUGGACCAAUGAAACCAUCAACAUUUGGUCUCAUAUUUUCGGAUUCGUUCUCUUCACUGCUCUCACCUUCUACGAUUUCUUGGCCUUAAACAUCCACGGUCACAUGAGCGAUAAAUUCUUAGUAGCCAGCGUUCUUUUCUGUUUUGUGGCAUGCAUGUUUCUAUCCUCCAUGUACCACACAUUCAAUUGUCGCUCCGAAGAAGACUUCCACGGCUUCCUCAAUUUGGACCUCUUCGGUAUAGCUUUAAGCCUCUUGGCCAUCUACACCUCAGGCAUAUACUUUGCGUUCUGGUGCCAUUCGCAUUGGCGUCAAUUCUACAUCAUCUCCGUGACUUUAAUCUUCUUCGUCGCUAUGCUACUGCAACAUCCCAAAUUCAACGUGGAUUCCAAUACGAGGAUGAUAGUCUUCGUAUCUUGGGCUGCAUACGGAGUGAUCCCGACCAUCCAUUGGAUCUUCGUCAUGGGUGGCAUCAACAAUCCCGUCGUUGAACUUUUGCUUCCUCGAGUUCUGGGGAUGUACGCCAUCAGCGGCACUGCCUUCUUCAUUUACAUCACGAAGAUUCCUGAGCGCUUCUGCGCCGGUAAAUUCGAUUACUUGGGACAUUCUCAUCAAUGGUGGCACAUCAUCAUUGUCUUAGCUCUCUACUACUGGCAUAGCUCAGGCAUCAUCUACGUUAACUAUAGGAUAAAUCAUGCUUGCGCUGAUAGCAUGAGACUGGAUUAAGCGAAUUUUGCGUUUUAGCAGAAUCGGAUAUUGUUAUGCAACCAAUUGUUAUCAAAUAAAUAUUCGCCGUUAUCGA